UUUCCUCAUGGACCGAUGAUGUGCAUUGCGUGAUAAAGGUCACAAACAUUCCUCUUGCAUCAAUCGUGGCAAUUUCUUGUGCCCAAUGAUGCUUGGAAAGAACAUUCAUACAAACUUACUCUAGUAAUAACCAUUUAAAGAAGAAGGGAGCUUAUGGUGGCCUUUAGUCCUGCACAAUACUCCCUCUUCCCACGUUCUAAUAAGCUACAUCCAAAAGGACCUGCCAGCAGCCAGAACCCUAAGAAAGAAGGAAAACCCUAAUCUUUUAUGCUUGCUUGGACCACGGUCUCACAUUCUUCUCUAAAUGCCACAUAAAUGAGGAAGAGCAAGACAGUGGGAGGAGGAGAGAGGCCAGAGUCCUACCGGAGCGGCAGUGAGCUCUUCAUCAGCUUCGCUGCGAGAUCCACCUCCGCCGCCGCCGCCAUGAGAGUCACCUCCUCCAAGUCCCUGCUCAGCCCCGGCCGGGGACGGGACCCGGCGGCGCCGUCGUUGUCCGCGUCGCUGAGCAAGCGCCUGAGGAGCAGCGGGAGCCUCAAGGGCGGCCAGUCCCCGAUGUUCUCGUCCGUGGCAGCCGCCGGCGGCGGUGGCGGUGGGGGGAGGAGGAAGGGAUGUGCGUUGGAGGCGGUGGAGCCGUCCUCCCCCAAGGUGACGUGCAUCGGCCAGGUGAGGGUGAAGAGCAAGAAGAAGAAGGCCAAGGCAAAAGCGGCGGCGAUGGCGAGGUCGAGGUCGAAGAGGGGAAGCGGAAAAGAGGCGAGCUUCAGGAGGACGGAGGAGGAGUGCUGGCCGAGAAAGAACCAGAGAUGGGUGUAUCAGCUCCCGGUGAGCAUUUGCGAGGGGUUGCGGGCUUUCGGGACGGAGUUCAAUUGCUUCCUCCCCUGCGGAAGCUCUCCCUGCUCUUCCUCGAGAACAGGGGAAGAGAAGAGAGGGGAAUGCGAAGAGAAGAGGAAUACGAGCUCUUGUGGGCAUGUUCUUGCACGGUGGUUGAUGGCGAUGCAGGAGGGGGAGGAGCGGAAGAGGGGUCAGGUGGUGGGUUUAAUGGUCGAAGAAAGGGGGAAAAGAGAGCUGGAUUUGGUGAUGGAAGAGAGGGAGAAGAGAGAAGUGGAAGGGGUGGAGGUGGGGAAUGGGAAUGGGGCGGAGAAAAAGGACGAGGUCUUGGCGGCGGGGGAGGCGGAGGAGGCGAGGGUGAGUGCGUGCAUUCCGCCGAGGAAUGCUUUGCUGCUGAUGAGGUGCAGGUCCGAUCCGGUCCGGAUGGCAGCAUUGGCUAACCGGUUUUGGGGUUCUCCAGCUACCAAGGUCGAAGUCGAAGAAGAGGAGGAGGAGGAGGGUGAAGAAGCUGAUGUUGAAGUUGGGCAGCAUCUCUUCGGUCUUGUAGAAGUGGAUAGAGAAAAGAUUGGAGCCGAGCGAGAUGAAGCCGCCAUUGCUGCUGCUAAAGCUGGUCCAGAAACAGGAGAAGUAUAUAUAGGGGAGACACAAGAAGAGAGAAGCUCUCAAGGUGUGAUUUUGCGUGUAGAUCUUGAAGAAAUGGGAAGCUUAGCGGAGGAGAAGCAACAGAGAUCGAGUGAAGAGAGGCAAGAUGGGAAUGAGAUUGGAGGAGAGAGUCUAAAGGAAGGGCCUUCAGCUGACUGUGUUGACGUGCAGAGGAACCCACCAAGAGAUGUGGAGGGUGCUCGGUUGUUGGAGAAGUCAGAGGAGAUAGUGUUGCAAGAGGAGACGCAUAUGCUUGAAAGAGAAGAAGAAAAGGAAAGGAAAGAGGAGAAAGGCAGAAGGUCCAGCAGCUGCUCUUCUUCAAUGGGCAAGGAGGAGAGGAGAUCCCACAGCCACAAAUGCCUUUCUAAAGCUAAGGAAGGAGCAAGUAGGCGCGGCUCCUCUUUGAGGAACAAGGAAAAGAGGCGGCACAGCUUUUCCACAGCGAGGGAUGAGAGGAGGUACAGCUUUUCCCAUGAGAGAGAAGCCAGGAGAGCCAGCUUCUCCAUCGAAGGUAAGCGAAGAUGGAGCUUCUCCAUUGACAAAGAAGAACUCAUACCAGAAGAAGAGAAUGCGCUCCACGAAGAGGAGGAGAAGAAAGAAGAAGAUAGCUCAGUAAAGGGAGGGGAAGUGAGAAAAGCCGAGACAUUGGAAAAGCCAAAGGCGACAGAAGACGAAGAAGUCGAAGUAAAUGGAGGAGGGAGAAGAGAAGAGGAGAAUGGCAAGGUAGAGGAAGGGAUUAAAGGGAAUGAGGGAAAGGAGGGAAGAGAGCUGCCGGACUGCCUUCUACUAAUGAUGUAUGAGCCGAAGCUUUCCAUGGAAGUCUCCAAGGAGACGUGGGUCUGCAGCACCGACUUCCACCGGUGGCGCCCCCACCACCACCGCCACCUCCCUAAAGGUAGCGGAGGCGACGGCGGCGGCGGCGGGAGAGGAGGAGGCGAAGGAGAUAGAGCGAAGACCGAAAAGGUGGUGAACGGGGAGAAUACGGAGGUGACGGCACCCGCUGAGCCGACGUUCCUCCAGGCCGCGCCGCCGCCUCGGCCACCGGUGCCGCCUACCGCGUCGGCCAUCGAGCAGAAGCUAAUGGGCGUCGUGGCCCCCAGCGGGCCGAAGCCGCCGGCGGCGGCGUACGAGCCGUUCGUGCUGACGCGGUGCAAGUCGGAGCCGAUUAGGUCGUCGGCGAGGCUGGCACCGGAUGCGUGCUUUUGGAAGGACGGGCAUCGGCCCAUCGGCGCGACCGGGAUCGGCUUCUGAGCCGAGUCGCCAAGCCCCGGGUAUUUUGUCCGUCCGUGCGUAUAUGAAACCAAGGAUUGUGGUGUGGGUGUUAGUUGUUUUAGUCGUGUGAUGCUAUUAAUCAGCUUCCUGGUGUUGCUGCUCUUUCGCACAAUACUUAAAUAGCCAUCAUCUUUUCCUUUGUUACUGAAAAUCGUGUGUAGUUUAAGCUUGUUUUAGGUUUUCAUGAUCAUUGUUUAGGCUCAAAAGAUGGACGAAAAGUAAUGAAAACAAGUUAUAUUUUGGCAA